GGGCAGGGGUGACCGGAGCCCUGUGUGCAGCGUGUAGUUGUUGUCACCGCUCCAGCGCUGCAACACAAGCCAACCGCGUGUGCACGGUGCUCCCGGACACGUCCUGUACUCCCUGCCCGCAGAGCGGCGUUCCCCAGGCAGCAGCUGAGCAAGUACCGGAACUACAGAGCCCGGAGCAGCGGAGAGCGGCGGGCUGCCCCCGGCCGGGGAGGCUAUGGUGUUCCGGCCGUGACUCACACACAGCAAGCCGGAUCCUGCUCUGAGCGAGCCCUGGAAGUACGUAAUUAUCUGUGGUAAUUAUCACCAGUCUAGCGCUGCUGUCUCCUCCCUUGUCCGGGCUGUGGAGGGGGCGGGCGCUGGGAGAGUGGACUGGCUUAGACGGGAGAUGACGCUGCCCCCAGCGUCCCACAUAAAGCAGCAGCAGCAGCAGCAGAGCGGAGGAGGGAGAGGGGGGAGCCGCGCAGUCUGGAACUGGCAGGAGAAGGGAAAAGUUCUAUACAGAGACUUUGGAACGCCGCAGAGUUCUAUAGGCAGCCCCGGGAGAGAAUGGCCGCACGCAGCGCCCUGACAAGUCGGGCCGGGUGAUUUUUGGAUUUUUAUUCUUUUUUUUUUGGUUCUAGAAUUGAACGUGAAAGAAACGGAGACCUAUUUGGAUUUUUUUUUUUUUUUUCUGGCUGGAGAGUCUUCCACAUCAUUAGGAGGAUUAUUUUUACUUUUGCAGUUGAAAAUUGAUUUUAAGACCCCAUGAUCCCCAGGACUCUGCAAAGUUCCUGCACAGAGGAAGCAGAUUGUGUGGAGUCGGGGAUCUGAUCCGGCUUCGUUUGAGGACUGCUUUCCAUUCAUACCGAAGCGCAAAACUUUGACAUGGAUCUGAGGCAUGCCAUACUUUUUCUGUUGUGGACUUCCCUGACAGUACUGUUUAAAGAUUUGACUGGACACCAGGUAUAUACAAAUACGUGGGCGGUUCGUAUCCCAGGAGGUCCUGCAGCAGCUGACUCCAUAGCCAAGAAGCAUGGGUUCAUUAACCAUGGCAAGAUUUUUGGAGAUUAUUACCAUUUUCGUCAUCGGGCGGUGAUGAAGAGGUCCUUGACUCCUCACAGAACUAGACAUUUUCUUAUAAGUAGAGAUACUCAGGUACACUGGGCAGAGCAGCAGGUGGCAAAGAGGAGAAGAAAGAGAGAUCUUUUUACAGAACCAACAGAUCCCAGAUUUCCUCAGCAGUGGUAUCUGUAUGAUCCAAACCGACAUGAUAUACAUGUGAAAGAAGCUUGGGAGCAGGGAUACACCGGCAGAGGAGUUGUCGUCUCAAUCCUGGACGAUGGUAUUGAAAGGAACCACCCUGACUUGGAAGGGAAUUAUGAUGCUGCUGCCAGCUAUGAUGUCAAUGACCAAGAUCCGGAUCCACAGCCCCAUUACACUCAGCUGAAUGACAACAGGCAUGGUACUCGGUGUGCGGGAGAAGUUGCAGCAGUAGCAAAUAAUGGAAUUUGUGGUGUUGGAAUAGCUUACAAUGCCAAGAUUGGAGGUGUUAGGAUGCUGGAUGGGGAAGUGACAGAUGCAGUUGAAGCAAGAUCACUUGGACUCAACCCUAACCACAUCCACAUCUAUAGUGCCAGCUGGGGACCGGAAGAUGAUGGGAAGACGGUGGAUGGUCCAGCCCAUCUGGCAGAAGAGGCAUUCUUAAGAGGGGUCAGCCAGGGUCGUAAUGGUUUGGGCUCUAUAUACGUUUGGGCGUCUGGGAAUGGAGGAAGAGAACGUGACAGCUGCAACUGUGAUGGAUACACAAACAGCAUCUACACACUGUCCAUCAGCAGCACUACCCAGCUUGGCAAUGUGCCAUGGUACAGCGAGGCCUGCUCAUCUACACUGGCAACCACAUACAGCAGUGGGAGCCAGAAUGAAAAGCAGAUCGUAACAACUGAUUUAAGGCAGAAAUGUACAGACACUCACACGGGGACGUCUGCAUCGGCUCCUCUCGCUGCAGGAGUUAUCGCUCUCGCUCUGGAAGCAAAUAAUAACCUGACCUGGAGGGAUAUGCAACAUCUUGUUGUACGAACAUCAAACCCAUCUCACCUUAAUGCAAAUGACUGGUUAACCAAUGGCGUCGGACGCAAAGUCAGCCAUUCAUAUGGAUAUGGGCUCCUGGAUGCUGGCGCUAUGGUAGCUCUUGCUAAGAACUGGACCACCGUGCGACCUCAGAGAAAAUGUGUAAUUAACAUUCUCACAGAACCCAAGGACAUAGGGAAGCGGUUAGAAGUCAGACGGAAAGUGGAACCCUGCACUGGGAUGUCCAAUUACAUCAGCACCUUGGAGCACAUUCAAGCCAGGUUAACCUUGUCCUACAACCGCAGGGGGGACCUCACCAUUUAUCUGACGAGUCCUAAGGGCACCCGCUCCUGUUUACUGGCACCAAGGCCCCACGAUUACUCUCCAGAAGGUUUUAAUGAUUGGGCAUUUAUGUCGACACAUUCUUGGGACGAGGACCCAGCUGGAGAAUGGGUACUGGAGAUUGAAAAUGCCAGUAGCAACAAUAACUAUGGGACGCUGACACAGUUUGUCCUGGUAUUGUAUGGUACAGCAUCUGAUUCUCCAAACCUUUCCAAUCAAGUUGACGGCGUGGGGUGCAGAACAGUGGCCACGAGUCAGUCCUGUGUUGUGUGUGAAGAAGGAUUUUACCUGCAUCAGAAGACCUGUGUGAAGUCCUGUCCACCUGGGUUCACAGCCAGUGUCCAACGUAUGCAGUACACACAAGAGAACAAUGUAGAACCUCUCCUGGCCAAUGUCUGUGUGGCAUGCCAUUCUUCAUGCUUUACCUGCAAGGGCACUACUGCAAAUGACUGCCUGACCUGCCCUGCUCACUCACACUACAACUCGCUAGACUUCUCCUGCUCACACCAGGUCCAGAUUAGCAGAGAAUCUCCACCAUUGAAAGAGAUGGAAGAAGAUGCAGCUGUGUUGUCUUCAAACUUGCCCAUAAUUGUGGCCAGCCUCAGCUGCAUCGUGAUAGUCAUGAUCUUUGUUGGUGUCUUUUUGUUCCUUCAAGUGCGCUCUGGAGUAAUCCUGGGCAGGAGAAAGUUGUAUAUGUUGGACAGUGGGAUCAUCUCUUAUAAAGGAAUCCCAUCGGAUAUGUGGCGUGAAGAAGGAUUCUCGGAGUCUGAUGUAGAGGAGUUUGAUGCUCACAAUGAGAGAACUGCUUUUAUAAAGCAACAGAGUGCCCUUUGAUGCUGAAUAUGGUUUUGCCACCACAAAACAUCAUACCAUGCUGCAGACUCCGUUUAGGUUUCCCUUCAACACUGGACCAGUCUAUAUAGAUACUGAGAUAAACAUCAGCGUUAUAAUUAUGAUUCCAUCCAGGGAUAUGACUAAUUCCCCGGAAACAUUGAACUUUUUUUUUUUUUUUUUCUUUUUUUUUUUCUUGUCUUGUUGUUGUAAAGUGUUUUUUGUGGGGGUUUUGUUUUGUUUUGGCUUUUUUUCCUCUUUCACUUUCUGUUUUUGUCUGUGUUUUUCAAUCAUUACAUAUUUCCCAAAGGAUCAGUAUGAUAUCUUGGCUGUCAGGAGACCAACGCCAAGAUCCCGAAAGCAGGAAUACUGGCGGUCAGCGCAGCGUGUCCCCUCGCUACGCUCGCCACCAGAGUGGACCACCACCCGCAUGGGGAUUUUGGCCAGCGGUCGGCAUUCCGAUUGCCGGUAUUUCACCGGGUGUUGGGAUUCCGACGUCUGUCUACUGACAGACGGAAUCCUGACAACCGACAAAUUGACUGCCUCCCAUUUCCCAAGACUGUUGGUUUAAACUUAGUGCCUACCAUAUUUCUUUACUGAUCUCUAUUUUAUUCUUUUUGCCUGUAGAAGCGGGUGUCAGAUAACCCUUUCAGUAUCCAAGUUAAGCUGUGAUUUUUCCUAAUGUAAGCCAGAUCUGUGGUGCCUUGGAAGCAUUGGAAACAAAUGGCUUCACUGAUGGGGAAAUUAAUUUUAGGUUGUUUACCAGUGAAUCAUUGUAAAAUGGUUAAGUUAAAGCAUAGGAUCGGUAAUAUGAACCCCAAGGUCAUGUCUCUUAUGCUUAGAAGAUAAUUUGUAUAGGUUCGGCACAGCCGUAUGCCAGUCCAAAUGGUGUGAAAUUUUAAUUUGUUUCUAUUGUAGAUGUACACAUAACUGCAUUUUGAGAGAACAAAUGUAUAGAUUCUUACUAAGCCUCAUUUUUGGAGUUUAAAAAAAAUGCCAUUUGUGUACAAUACUGUAUGUCAGAGCAAUGCACUCUGUGAACGCAUGUUGUGCUGGUGUCACACCUUGUCACGUACUCAGGAAAUAGGGUCACAUUUAUUUCUUUGCACAGUUUCUGUGAAAAUUAUUUGUCACUUAUUUUGGAAAUUGACAUCUUACCUCUUAGGGGUUUAUUUAUGAAGCAUCUGACUGUAAAACCCGGCACUUCUAUUAGCGUUUAUGCCCGAUUAUUUAAAAGACCAAUGCCUUCAUUAGUCAAACAUUGCUAGUAAAAGUAUUGGCCUUUUCAGGUUAAACACGAUCAGAAGUGGCUUUGUGCUUCAUAAAUAAACCCCCGAGUGAAGAAAUGUAAUCACAUACUUAAUGCACACCACACAGCACUGGUAAGAAGAUAAAGGUAUGGUAUCUUUGAUCUGAAAACGUAUUACCCAGAAAGCCCUGAAAACUAGGAAUGAUUAAAAAUAAUAAUUGCUGCUCGGAAUGUUAUACAUGGCACUUGGUGAUUGUCCCUAUAUAGUGCACUGCUGCACCACUUAUUGUAUGUCAGGGAUAAUUCAUGCUUAACAUAUUUGAGGUGUGAUGUUCCAAGCAAUGGGAAAAUCCAAAGUCACAAGCAUUCUAGAUAGUAGGUCCUGUAUCUGUAUUCAAAUCUGCUUGAGGGUCAGCAAAAUGUAUAUAGAAAUUUUAGAUAUGUUUCUGUGUUUUAAUAGAAUAAAAAAGUAUUAGAAGAACAGCUAUGAGGUACAUAGGUUCUCUGGAUGCAAAUUCAUUAAUUGGCACUUUUAUAACCUUUUAACCUAUAGUUCUCCAGAGAACAUGGCUACACAUUGCAGGAUUUGUCACACAACUCCUUGUAAAGGUUUCCGUACAUAACACCUUUGUUCAUAGGUAGCAGGAUUUUAUACUAUACAGUGCACAGCCUAUUCUACCCAAGAGUAAAUAUCCUGACACACUAACAUUGGUACUAAUAUGAUUUGCUCUAAUUAGCAUAGGACAUAAAGGUUAUUGUAUAUGGUGGUGUUGCCUUUGCAAUCCAUAUUGUCAGCAAUUUCUGUCCAUAGACGGCAGAUGCAUCAGUGGAGGCUUCAGGCUAUACGGAGGCUCAAUGUUUGAUAGAUUUCAUAUAUGAUUGAGGGAAUCUCCGUGUUUGAGAUGGGGGUUGCCAUGGUGAUGCCAGCAUGCAAUAAUAUACAGCUUGUGAGCGGCUCUCUGAGUUAUUCUGACACAUGAGAAGAGGCCACACCGCACAUUUCCCCUGCUGGUACCAAAAUCUUUGUCUGGGGUUCAGUAACAACUCCUGCUUACAGCAGAUGCAUUAUUGGCUAUGCGUGUGUUUAGUGGGCUUUCCUAGUUGCUGUACACACUUCCUUUUGCCAGAUGGUUGGUGGUAAUGUUAUGAUGGUCCCAGUCUUAACUGCCAAAUACACCAAAGUUUAAAUUUUAAAACCGCCUUAAAUUGGCACAAUGGUGAGGUUUAUCUAUUAAUGAAUGGUGGAAAAUUACAAAACUAAGGAAGUUACUUUGAUGUGAUGGAAUUUACAGUAUGCAUUGUUUCCUUCCAUUUUACUUUUUAUGCCUUGCUACUGAAUACUUAAAUAGGUGCUUCCUGUACUGCAAAUAAUGUUGCAAUGUGUAGUCUCAAAGCGUUUCAUAUUUUGAACGCCUAGCGUUCAGUACAAAUUCAUAUGUUUAUAAAUAAAUAAAUAAUAAUAAUAAAAUAUGUAGUGAGGUGUGGGUAGGUGGUCUUCUGUCCCUUAAUGCAAAUGCUGCCAGAACCUGACAGUGUGUUCUCCAACAUCUUCUAAUAAGCAAUCUAUACAUAAAGCUUCCAUGCAGGUCUGUUGCUUACACCUGCUUUGUUUUGCCGCUGCAAAUGGAGUCUGUCUGCCUCUAAUGUUAGACUGGCGGUAACCCAUUCUCAGGAAGAGAGACUUGUAAGAAUGUCAUUAGGGUAUAAUAGGAUAAUUGUGGCUUACUAGAAGUAUGUGUAGGGGUCCCGCAUAGUGGUAUGCAGCCUACUUAUUUUAGUCUUUUAAAAUGCCCUUAUUAGAGCAGAUGCUUGAAAACAUAUGACAUGAACAAUCUAUAUUUAAAAAGAAGUAUAAAGGACAAGUGCAGAAUGCAUUUACAUGAUCCAUCUUAUUGCUGGCUUCGCCAUCGACAAAUGCCGCUGACUUUCUGUGCAAAAGCAGAAAGUGCACAAAGCAGUUGUUCUAAUGGCCUUGCUCUUGUAGCUGUGGGUACAGGAAUAGUCAUUACAGAACUUCCGUCCUGCCUCUUACACCCAGACGCUAAACAAAACAGCAGUGUGUGUCAUCUUAAAAAGAAAAAAUCAGAGUGACAAAAUGUACAAAUAUCAAGGGCUUUGGACUUUGUCAUUAAUUGCUUGUCUUCAAUAUAUCAUUUGUCAAAUGUGAGCAAACUUUGAUCAUUCAGGUUAAUCAUUGUAUUAUGUGGGAACACACUGUGCUACUGUAUGUUUUUAAAGACUGAGAAACUGAAGGGCUUUUACCCUCCCACAGUAAUACUUUAUUAUGUGUCAUGCCAUUAAUUUGCUGUGGACUUGUGUGCAAGUAGACUUCUCACACUGAACCUGAUUCAGCUGUGGAUGCAAAAUGAUGCCAGUGCUGCAGCCGAUGGGCUGUCUAUUGAGACGCCCUGCGGCUGCAGCUCUAAUUUGCCGUGGUGCGCACAAAGACACACCACAGCCACCCCAGCAGACUUCUGAGCAUACCACGGUUGAUCAGAAUGUCCGAUUGAAUUUGGCUGCCCGGGUCAGAGGAACUGCAUCUACUGAAGCAGUCUAGGACACCGGCAAAACCACUGCCACUUGCACGCAGUCCAGGACACCGGCAAAACCACCACCCCUCGCACCCAAUGUAUUGCAUGCAUCCGUGUCUGAAUCAGACCAAGCAUCUUUAGAUAUAGGAUGCCACUGUCUGUGUAUGAACAGAUAGCUAUAAUCCCUAUCUAGAACUAAAUUUUAUAGUAGGUUAAGUCAUUUGGCUGUUACCUUCACCUGUACACAGUCUUAUAGGCUGAAUCAACGGAGUAUUUGCCUAGGGAUUACCGGCACCACUGUGGUGCCUUGCUCCUAGUGAAUUGAUAGGUGCAUGUUGGUAGAGCCCACUAAAUGACAGCCUCCUCUGUACUGUUGUUAAUCACCUCUAUAUACUGUAUGAGUAAAAAUGCAUAAGCUGUGCUGAUAACAGGUACUUCUUUACACCCAUGUCUACUAAGCAACCUGCAACAGAUGGCAUUAGAGCAGGUUCUGUGGCUGGCUGGCUGACUACAAGCCUACAUUUCACCUGGGUUUAAGCAGCUAGAGAGCCUUUGUAAUUCAUUAGUGUCCCAGUUUAUUGGGAUAGUAUGGUAAGCCUAUGUAUGUGGAUAUGUUGCAGUCUGGUUAAUGUUGACAUUAACUGUUGCAUGUAACUAAUAAUAUUAUAUAGCCUAUAGUACUAAAUAAACUGAAAACCAAGAGAAAUGGACCAUACAGUAUAUUAAGUAGUAGUCAAGGGAACUUUGGACAUGGAUAAGCCACAUUACAAACUGUGUCUGUGCCCAAAGGGAUAGGGCAUAGAUAUGUAAUGGAGAUCAUUGUUCGAUGAUUAUUUGCCUAGUCAGUGGACACAGAAAUGGUGCUAAUAUCUCACUAAAGUAAUGAAGAGUUGUCUGGUAAAUCCGCAAUCUAUUUUCUACUCUAGGAUAUAGCGCUCAGUAAAAUGUGGACCCCAAAUUAUUUAAUCAAUAUUGAUUGGCUCAUAAUGACGCAUGACCAUAAUGCGGGCAGGCAGGUGACCAGUCUUGUCCCAAACAGAAAGUGCUGGUCCUGUGCCGUGCACAUGGCGUUUGUGGAUAGAAGCCCUGCUGCUUGGCAUUCAUGUAUGUGACCAGUUUUUAACUUAUUUUCCUACAGGGCUAGCUGCUUGCAAAAUUUAACAUUGAGUGAGGGAGGAGGAACCUCUUACCACGUUGUAAUAAGCCACAGAACCUGUGUAGAUCAUGUGUCCCGAAUUAAAGGGUCUCUCCCCCCCCCCCCCCCUUCCCCCCAGUAUUGCAGCAUUACUCAGUCAAGUUAAUUUGUUUGUAGUCCAUUUUAAACCUUAUUCUUGUCUGUAGUUGCAUUAUCAGCAAUGUCAUCAAGCUGAGUUGUGCGUUACCUCCUGACUGCAUUGUAUUCAGCCCAAAGUGUAUUGUUAAUAUUACAAUAUGCAAAGUCCUAAGUAAUUUUCAUUGGAUGUUCUUGUCAUCAUACUUUGUUGCUUUAAUACAUUGCUGGCGGCAAAAAUAAGGCCCCUGCUUUCACUAUCUACAUCCUCUUUAAAUCCCAUCUAGCUGGUCAGGAAACACCUGGUCUAAAUUAUGAUCCAGAAGGAACUGAAAUAUCCUGUUCUAGUGGUAGCAACCUUUAGAGAGUUCCAAGUUUUAUUAACUGUUCUCACGCUGAAACGAAUUGGCACAUUCUGCUUAGUGUUUCACAUGACAUGAACUCCUGGGAGUAUUGCUACCCUUCAUAGUUUCCAUGGCAAAUACAUAUUCACCUCAGAAAAUCAUAUUUCUUUAGUCUAUGGAACCUGAAGUCACAUUUAAUCCUUGACAGAAGAGUUCCUUAUUAUUAGUGUGCAUUAGUGGCACAGAAAUGAACUGCUACACUUUUAACAAAUAUAUUUUAAAUCCAUAAGAAUGUCCUCUAUUGCUAUUUCCGCCAUCAAUAUAAUGUUUUUGUUCUAUCGAAUAUCUAAGCCUGUUAGAUACUUAAAAUAACUGUCUUUGAGGCUAAAGGACACCCAAGAUACAGAGUCUCAGAUGGUUUAAAUUGCAUUUAUCUAGAAUAAGUUACAAAACAAAAUAAAGGGAGACAUGACACACGCUGAAUACUGUAUAUACAUAGCCAUGAGGGAAGCCAUUUUAGUAGGAAUUUUGCCUCCCUUCGUUGCUAAUUAUUGCUCCUCGCUGUACUAGUCAUGUAUGGUGCCCAGCAGUGAAGAAAUACUGUAGGGUUUUCAAAACACCAAGUCUGUCACUGAAGGGGUUAAUUGUUAAUAAUGGUUGGAAACCUAUCUGAAGAACCUGCUAUAAAUCCAUCUCCAGCUUUUUCAUACAGUACUGUGCAUUAUUCAGACUGCAGAACGUAAUUUUAUGUUUAAUGUAAACUCCUUUUGUUCUCACCAAGACUUGCUUGUAGCAGUUUUUGACUUCUAGGUAGUUUUUUGUAUUUAGCAUCUUCAUCCUGUCAAAAAAGCACCGAUUUUUAAGGAAUCGUAACCUAAUUACGUGCCUUCUCCCCAUUUCUGCUACUAUUUAUUAGAAAUGUCACAGCUUGUCUGAAAUUUUCAGCACCAGUCUGUCUGUGGUCCGAGGACAGCAUCACCAGAAAAUGGCCACUACACAAGCAAUAAAAUGGUGUUCUCUGCUAGGACAGUUGUGUGAUGCGGGCAUGCCUUUUUUUUUAUAACUGUUACCCUAAGAAUGUCCAUCACGUGUUGCAUGGGGAUGUACUGACAACGGCCUGGAGACAUCCUUCAAAUGUUUGUUUCCUACAGUAAGUGACAGUUUUCAGGGCAUCUCUGCUUGUUCUGAAAUGGAGUCAGUUACGCUGAAGUUUUGCAGCCAGUGCUGCACUAUAAGACUAUUUAUAUAAUCCUCUCCUGUAAAUUGGAAGAAAUUCUGCUUUCUAUAGAGAUUGGACACCUGUACUUGGGAAUCUAAAUCUUGCGUGUGUGCAAAUGGACAAUUUAUAAUGUAUGGAGAGAAAAUAAAAUGGAAAACUAUUUUUGUAUAAUUUUUUUGUGCACCGUACAUUUUCUUGUAAUUUAAGCAAUACAAUUGCUUUUGAUUAUUUUUUUUCUUAUUUAAUGGAUGUGGAUAUAAUGUUGACUAGAAAGAUUUAAAGUUAUUAAAUAUUCAAAAACUAUGCAACUUGA